AGUGACAGGAUCAAGUCUAAAUUUUGUGCACUUUCAAAAAUUACAAAUUUUCUCAUAUCUUGCGAUGGCCCCCAACCGGAUUUUUCUAGUGGAGCUGAUUGUGGAGGAAUUGCAAAUGUUUCCGACGGACGACGAAGUCCCCCCUGAGGACCCGCCGAAGAAAUCCCCUGAGACUAAGGAAGAGGAGAACGGUACGAGAGAGGAGCCCGAUACCCUUAAGUCUUGUCCGGAGCGUUGCGUCCGGUUCGAGCUGGGCAGGCUGGUGCGAUGUGAAGUAUGCGAGAAGGACUUCGGAUCCCAUCUGGACAUGACACACGCCAAACAGGGUGAAAGUUGUAUGUUUACGCUCAACGAGAGCGAUCUGGAGGAUGACUCGCUGAAGUAUACGAUAAAGGCAAUGGAGAAGCUGAAGGAUGGCGGUGGUAAAAAGAUGAUCGGGAGAUGGGACGAACCUGCGAAUGAAAUUUUCGCCACAUUGGCCAGCAAUUAUGACAAUGUGAACGGGACCGAAGGUGCCAGCGAAUCGAAGGGAACGAUUCGUUCCGAGGAUUCGAUGUCGAAGGGUAGCAUUCCGGUGUCCGAUACGGUCAAGUCGAUGUAUCCUUUGCAGGGCGAAGGGGAGAAGAUCUGUGGCUAUGCCAUCUGUACGCUACGAUUCUCCUGUUUGGGUUCGAGAAUCACUCAGAAGGUUUUGUUCGGUGGAAAGGAAGAUCAGCCGGCGCUAACCUGCUUCAAGGCAGUCACCGAGGAGAAUGACGAGCGAUACAUGAAGUGCGUGGCUUACGACGAGGUCGCGCAUCCCCAUCCGGUCAUUUGUGGGGAAUGUGAAGAGUCCAAGCUGCCAUCCACACCGGUGCCUCCGGUUCCAAGUGUGGAAAUGGCUUGUUCACCUUUUGACGAGUACACGGCCGAACUGAAUGGGAACGCAAUCUCGAUCCGGGUGGAGAAAAGCUCCGAGAUAAAGGUUAUGUUAGAUGGCGAAGAAAGCAAAGGAUGCACCAAGGGUUGCUGGACCUCAUUAACCCUCCCGGAGGGAGUUUAUGCGCUCGAAGAGCGCUACGUCAAACGGCAGGAAAACGCCUGUCGGCUUCCGGUUGUUCGGGGGAAUCUGAAGUAUCCGGCCGAGCAAUGGUCGACUGAUUUUAUGAUGUGCAAACGGAAGCGUCCCUUCUGUGCCGAGGAUUAUCGCAAGCGGCCCGAACCGAUGCGCUCCAUCUGUAUGCAAACACGUGACCCUGAGUUGCAGGAUCCGCCCAGUAAAAGCGGGAUUGAAAUCUGCAAAAAAGGCUGGCAUGAUCCUAAUGUGGACGUGUUUGUACUCAAACUGGGCAAGAAUAAAACCCUCCGAGGGGAUGGUGCCGCCAAUCAGAUCGAACUCGAGCUGAGAACCCCCAAAGGUCCAAUGGUGGAAAAGCGCCCGAAAGAAACCCGAGGUGUCCAGGUUAUCGAGGAGGAGUUUGAAGACUUCCGAAAGGCUUCAGUCCCAGAGGAAGCUAAGAAACCCAAGAAGGCGGCGAAGAAGAGCAAAAAGAAAUAAGUUUUUGUUUGAGUUCCGAGCAUGAAUCGCACAUAACAAAGUUUGAACUGGU